AUGCACAGGGACCAUUCCAGUGGCAGCAGAGCCUCCAGGGACCAUCCCAAAGCCCCUCCCAGGGACGGCGGCACCUCAAAGGACACUCCCAGUGGCAUCCACACCCUCAGAGACCUUUCCAGGGACGUUAGUGCCCCCAGAGACCUUCCUAGGGGUUCCAGGGGGCCCUAUGGCAUGCUUGAGCGACGGCUCCCCAGGGACCCUGACUGGAGCAGUGGAGCCUGUAGGGACCUUCCCAGGGGCAGGACAGUCCCCAGGGACCAUCCCAGAAACCGUUCCUGGAGCAGUGGUGCACUGGAAACUCUCCCAUGUUCGGUGGCGCCCCCAGGGACCCUCCCAAGGGCGGUGGUGCACCUAGAGUCACUCCCAUUGGAAGAGGAGUGCCAAGGGACCAUUGCAGGGGCAGCAGAGCCUCCAGGGACCAUCCCGGAGAUGGCGGCACCUCAAAGGACACUCCCAGGUGCAUCCACACCUCCAGAGACCUUUUCAGGGACGUUAGUGCCCCCAGAGACCUUCCUAGGGGUCCCAGGGGACCCUAUGGCAUGCUUGUGCAUUCUUAGGAGCGACGGCUCCCCAGGGACCCUGACUGGAGCAGCGGAGCCUGCAGGGACCUACCCAGGGGCAGCGCAGCCUCCAGCGACCAUCCCAGAAACCGUUCCAGGGGCAGUGGUGCACUGGAAACCCUCCCAGGUGGCAGCAGAGCCUCCAGGGACCAUCCCAGAGACCCUCCCAGAGAUGGUGGCACCUCAAAGCUCACUCCCAGGGGCAUCCACACCCCGAGAGACCUUUCCAGGGACGUUAUUGGUCCCAGAGACCUUCCUAGAGGUCUCAGGGGGCUCUAUGGCAUUACUGUGCCGCGACGCCCCUAGGGUGCCCCCCAGUGGUGACGGUACCCCCAGGGGCCCUUGCAACAACAGUGGCAUCCUCAGGUGCAUCCUCAAGAGCGACGGCACCCCUGGGACCCUGACUGGAGCAGCGGAGCCUGCAGGGACCUACCCAGGGGCAGCGCAGCCCCCAGAGACCAUCCCACAGACCGUUUCAGGGGAGCGACGGCUCCCCAGGGACCCUGACUGGAGCAGUGGAGCCUGUAAGGACCUUCCCAGGGGCAGGACAGUCCCCAAGGACCAUCCCAGAAACCGUUCCUGGAGCGGUGGUGCACUGGAAACUCUCCCAGGUUCGGUGGCGCCCCCAGGGACCCUCCCAAGGGCGGUGGUGCACCUAGAGUCACUCCAAUUGGAAGAGGAGUGCCAAGGGACCAUUGCAGGGGCAGCAGAGCCUCCAGGGACCAUCCCGGAGAUGGUGGCACCUCAAAGGACACUCCCAGGUGCAUCCACACCUCCAGAGACCUUUUCAGGGACGUUAGUGCCCCCAGAGACCUUCCUAGGGGUCCCAGGGGACCCUAUGGCAUGCUUGUCCUACAGGCCUGGCGCUCCCAGCGUCUAUCUCAGGGGUGGUGGACAUAUCAGGAACCCUCCCAGGUGCCGCGACGCCCCCAGGAUGCCCCCCAGUGUUGACGGUGCCCCUAGGGGCCCUCGCAACAUCAGUGGCAUACUCAGGUGCAUUCUUAGGAGCGACGGUACCCCAGGGACCCUGACUGGAGCAGCGGAGCCUGCAGGGACCUACCCAGGGGCAGCGCAGCCUCCAGCGACCAUCCCAGAAACCGUUCCAGGGGCAGUGUGUACUGGAAACCCUCCCAGGGAGCGACGGCUCCCCAGGGACCCUGACUGGAGCAGUGGAGCCUGUAGGGACCUUCCCAGGGGCAGGACAGUCCCCAGGGACCAUCCCAGAAACCGUUCCUGGAGCAGUGGUGCACUGGAAACUCUCCCAGGUUCGGUGGCGCCCCCAGGGACCCUCCCAAGGGCGGUGGUGCACCUAGAGUCACUCCCAUUGGAAGAGGAGUGCCAAGGGACCAUUGCAGGGGCAGCAGAGCCUCCAGGGACCAUCCCGGAGAUGGCGGCACCUCAAAGGACACUCCCAGGUGCAUCCACACCUCCAGAGACCUUUUCAGGGACGUUAGUGCCCCCAGAGACCUUCCUAGGGGUCCCAGGGGACCCUAUGGCCUGGCGCUCCCAGGGUCUAUCUGAGGUGGUGUACAUAUUAGGAACCCUCCAGGUGUACACCCCAGCGCCACCAGUGGUGACGUUGCCCCAGGCACCUCACGCAUCAAUUAGCAUCCUCAGGCGCAUUCUCAGGAGCAAUGGGACCCCAGUGACCCUGACUGGAGCAGUGGAGCCUGGGGACUUCCCGGGGCAGGACAGUCCCAGGGACCAUCGGCGCCGUUCGCAGACGGUGGUGCUGGCUCUCCCAGGUUCGGGUGGCGCCCCCAGGGACCCUCCCAAGGGCGAUUAG